AAUUUAUUGAGAAGGUACACGUAUUUCCUUGUCAGCUGGCGGCCAUUUGAAUUUCAAACGUAAUUAAUAAUCAGAUACAGAACCGCUGAAUUCGUGCAACGUUAAAACAUUAACCACGAGCAUAGGAUUAUAAUUUUUGAAAGAGUGAAUAACCACUUGAUGUAAAAAAGCACGUAGUUGCGCGUAGUUUAGACGUGAGUCUAGGCACAAAACGAAAGCGUUGAUCGCCAUCUAUACAAUGUCGUUUUCUAGUAAUAAGUGAUCAAUCGUAACACAGAGCUUGUAACAAAAUUUCUCGAAAUUUGUCGUCUGGUCGACGAUUUAAUACGAAAAUGUAACGAGCUCUAGCUGAAAUAUUUCUCGCGAAUAAGCCCGUUAUGGGCUCAGAUGUAAAUAACUCGGAAGACGGCAGGUAGUACUACGUAGUAGUUACUACGUCGAUAAUGUCGUCGCAAGUUUAACGCAGCAAGGUUCCGGUGAUUCACAGUGAAUGUGCUCUUUUCAAACAUGGAGAGGUUAUUUGUUUGAAGUAAUAUGUGGGAAUUAGGAAGCCGAAGUGUCAUCGUGUUAGUAAGUGUGUUGAGUGGGUGCGUGUUUCUCUACAACGUUUGGGGGCCAAUUUUUAUUCUCAUCGUUUUACUGUUUCUCGCAGUUUACGCGUUCUAUUUUUUAAUCGUCAACGACAGUUUACUGUUGCCACACGCGUUCCUCUUGCUUGAACACUGCAAAUACAUCUCCCUCGAGGUUCGUCGGAGUUUCAAAGCUGUCAUCGAUCACGUCCACCAGUACAUUCGGCAGUUUCUCGAAACUGCGAAACGUCGUUUUUGCAACCGAUACCUAGCCCAAGCCAGCACCACGAUGGAGAGACGUCGGUCAGGAUGUUAUCAGCUUAGCACCGAUUCUUAUUCAACCAGGAAGAACUCUUCUCACUUCGGGUCGAUCACGCAGCUCAGUCCGAUUCCAAAGAGUUUGCGAAAAGCCGACACGUCGAACGAUGUCACCCCAAAAAAUCAUUUUUAUCACGGUAGCGAGCAUUUGUCGUACGAUCACCAUUCCUUUGUCAGUAAACGCACCUCCACACCAGUGUUUGCGCGAAACAACGAGGAAUUGGAGAAUCAGACGUUAAAAUUCUCACCUCCUGGGCAAGCGUCGUCGAAACGAACAUCUCCUCUCUACAAACAGAAUCAGGCACUCAUGCAGGUGGAAAACACAACGUACUUCGACGCAGAAGGUUCUUCGUGUAGUUCUGCUGCAGCUCUGAAAACGAAUUCAAAAGCAGAAGAAAAGAAAACCGUUCAAACAGUUGCCGGACCCCUAUUGACAUCGACCAGAUACAACAUUGAUCCAAAAGUAUACAACGACGUAACAUCUCCAGGACUUACGGCUCGAUUGACCAAGUAUGCUACAGAGGCUAGCAACAAGUUGACUCAUCAAUCUAAAUAUCGGGUAGGACAGUUUCCAAAAGUAAAUCUUCAUGCUAAUUCAGUUCCGGUGAUAAACAUCAAGUCCAUAAGGACGAGAACACCGGUGACGGUUAACGUAGCACCGUCUCACGCCAUACGAUACUCUUCGCCAUCGAAGCAGAAUAUUUUGUCGAAUUUAUGUCAUUCGGACGAUAGUUACUCCUCGCCUAACGUCGCUCAAGCUUUAAGAGAGAUAUCACUGAAGCGGCACGCUUCAAGGGAAGAUGUAGUUUCCGAUUUUGCAAAGAAACAACGAAGAGACGUCGUUCCCAGUAGCAAGGAAUUCGAGAUACAAGAGGAAGUCAAACAGAAGAGGAGCAGAGACGAUUCCUUCAGGUCGGAAGAUGACACUUCACCCCAAAGUAAAAUCAGUCGACCCGCGAAGCGGACUAAAGCGCCGUCGUGUUAUGACAUCAUAAAUUCACUCAGUUCCAGCAAGCACGUUGUGUCCGGCGUCAAAAGGAAAGCCAGAGAUUUUUCACGGAGCGGAACACCGGAUUUUGAGAAACAUUUCAAAUCAUUGGAAUGUGUUCAAAACGCUAGUACGCAAACGUCGAUACAGAUUCGGAAUACCAGCCCAAGGCAUCCUAACUACGAAUUGGCGGAGAGAAGAAAUAAUUCAGAUCCAUGUAACUCUGUUGACAAACUACAAGAACACACGCCGUUGAAGGGAAUUUUAAAAACAAGUAACAAAAGUAAAGAGAACGGAUCGGAUCGUAAACAGGCGAAACGUUUGAUAACGCAAAAUAACGAUAAAAAAGAUUCGGCCGAGUUGAUGGAGUACACCGAAUCGGCCAAGUUAACGAACAAGUUAUUUAUGAAGGCAGAACCGGAGAGAAACGAAAAGUUACGGAUGCUUGUCGAAGAACAGGGUAACAUACGAGCCAAGUUUACCACCGACGACGUAGAAGAGAUUAAAAAAGAAGAUAUCACGGACAUGAGGCAAAGGAGUAUGAAGGCAAGGCUUCAGAGCAUGUUCGAUGCCAUAUCUGGCAAAGCUGCUAGUCGGAUUAAUCCGGAUGUGGUGAUCCAAGCGGAAGAAGUGAAUACCGUGAAAUCUGUUGAGUCCUCUCCUGUCGCCUAUGUGUCCCUUAAUUCUUCGACUACCACCACCAACGUUAACACCACGCCCAUUUCCACGUCGGCCGUGGCACUUACUCCCGGUACCAGCGAAUCGAACACGAAAUCGCAAAAGCACGUGGCUUUUAAUCUGCCAGGUAAAGAUACGUGCAUGACUACAAACGUUCAAGUUGUCAACACGGUCGAGAAGAAAGUGGAAAACACCUCAACUGCCGCGACAGACAAAACGGUCAACGCUGGAAUCACGAGUAGGAAAUCCGCAGCCGUAACUGAGCCUGUCGUUUCGAACCCAGCAACGACCAAUCCCACGAGCUCGAACGUGCAAAAUUUCAAUUUCAGUAAACCAACUUCGACGUCGAGUACUUCCUCGAUAGGUAACACGUUCGCGGUCGAUACCGUUUCUGCCAAAAAUAAAUCUUUGCUCGUCGCUACCACGACAGCUAGUAUCUUCCAGAGCGUUGCCACUGCUGCACCAACAGCGGUCUCUUCGGCGAUUUCUGUCAGCACGACUGCAGCGAACACGAGAAGCCAGCCGAAUCAAAACAGCAAUUCGAGGACAAAUAUUUCGCAGGCUGUAGGAACUUGCACGUCAAGUUCGAGCGUAUCAACCGAAAGCAUGAAAGGCAACACGAUCUUCGCAUCGUCACGCACGAACCUGGGACCUUUGAACAAUGUCACGGAGAAGAAGGAACAAAAUCCGGGGUUCGCGUCGAUCGGCACCAAAGCGAGCGUUAUGCCGUUCACGAGUGUCACGAAUAUUACUAGCUCGAACAACUUAUCGAGCACGACAUCAACAAUGAACACUUCGACGCCAUUGUUUACGUUUGGCAGCAACAGCAAUUGUCCAUCGUCUAUCGUAUCUGCAAAGUCUGAAGGAUUUGUAUUCGGCUCGUCGAUUGGAAUCGCGUCGGAAAAUAGCGGAGCGUUUGGAUGUCCGACAACUACAUCUCGGCCGACUUCGAUGAUCCCCAACUCAGCGACGUCUUCGAGCGUCACCGGUAGUGGUGCACAAGCUAACAACGUCACGGUUGCUAGCGCGUCUAACGCCGGUUUCGAAGCUCAGGCAAAGAACAGCGUGUCCAUCUUUGGAUCAUCGAUUAGCUCGACUUUCGCGCUACGUCCCUCCACCACUUCGUCCGUAAAUGGCGGCAAAGCUGUCUUUUCUUUCGGCAACGCAUCGACGAUGACGACGACGACGAUGACGACGAUAACGACGACGACGGCAACGACAACGACGGCGAAUACAACGACUAUCAGCUCAAACGCAGGCCCGUUCGGCGUCGGAAGCAACAAUCCACCUCCGAGUUUUGGAACGUCGUUGUUGUCGUCAACGACCAGCACCACGGGCCAGGCUGUCUCGAACGCCAGUUCCAUAUUUACCAACGCGUCGUCCACUCCGUCGAUCUUCGGAGCAACGACAGCCAGUCAUCAACCAGUUUUUGGCACGUCGUCUAAUUUAAACGCCAACACAGCGACCUUUACUCUUCCGAAGACCACGGCAACACCGGUCUUCGGUUCGAACGUUACCGCCACCACCACCACCUCUUCUGUAUUUGCGUCCACGAGUGCGAUACCAAUCUUCUCCAACAUAACCGGAGGCCCGUCGGCAAACACAACCUCCAUACCAGUGUUUGGUUCCAGUACGAGUACGCCUAUCCCGUCUGGGAUAAACACCGGCGGAACAAGCAACGUUGGUACUAACUUAUUCUCGAGCACGAACUCGACCACGUCGGCAUCUGUGUUUUCCACGACGAACAACAUCUUUGGCCAAGUGAACAGCUCGUCAACGGACUCGAGUUUUAAAAGCGGUUCAGGAUUGUUUAGAAACAAUAAUAACAGCGGUGGCUCGACACUGUUCGCUUCGGCGCAUCCGACCACGACCUCCACGACGUUUGGCGCCCCGAACGUUUCCAGCAGUUCGACCGUUCCUACUUUCGGUGCCUCGAACAUUCCCGUGAGCAACAACGCGCCUGUGCCGGUUUUCGGCGCAACCGCCGCCGGCACUUCCGACUUUGCCUCGCAGAACCAAAACAAAGGGAAUCCAGUAACGACGAAUCAGCACGCUUCUUCUACCGCGCAGAGCUUCGCCGCUGGAAGCUCGAUAUUCAGAACAGCAGAGAACACCACCGGUGCUCCCGUGUUUGGCAGCUCGAACGACACCGCCGGUCAUUUCAAUUCGUCAGCCCCAUCGAGUAGCACGUUCGUCGGACAGAACGUCAUCUCGCCGAAUCCUACGUUUGGCAUAGGAACCACCGUUACCUCAAACGGUCCACCAGCGUUCAACGACAGCAACAAAGCGUCGCCGUUCGGAACGCAACCGUCGACAUUCGGCACUCCAACAAUGGCUUCUACUUCCGUCUUUGCGACCACGAACGAAAGCACCACUGCUCCUGGAGUAUUCACGUUCGGAGCAAGCCAAAAGCCACAACAGCACAUCACCACGUUCUCCUUUGGCAGCAGCACCAACAAUAAUAACAGCGCUCCAUCCACCUCCACACCUUUCCAGUUUGGCUCGACAACUUCAAAUUCAGCCACAGGAUUUAAUUUCUCUGCCCCGACGACAACUCCAUCCAUCAACUUUGGUACGACCAAUUCCACGGCAACGUUCAAUGCUUCCGCGCCUGGCAUGUUCAGCAUCGGAAGCGGUUCCACUGCUCCAAGAUCCAGAAACAUACGGACCAGAAAAUUGAGAUGAUGGAGAAUGUAAUUUUCGAAGCUAGCCUUCUUCUCUACCGAAUAUUUUUCGUCGAAACAUUAUUUCGGUUUUUUUUUUCAAAUACUAUUAUUCUGUAAUUCUAACGUUUUAAUUCCAACAGAUUCUCGUCAAAUUGAUUUGCACAGAAUUAAUCGUAUUACAGACAGAAUUAUAGAAUAGAAUUCAUCAUUUUAACGUUACAGUUUUCCGCCGUUGUUGAACGUAUCCACCUUGUACAUAUAGAAAUGUUAAAGCGAAUCUUUAUCCGUCACUGUUUUGAGAUCUACUUUAGUUACAUUACGUAUGAUACACAUGCAUACAUAUAUACAUAUACACGUACAAAUGCGUACAGAUAAAUAGAGGAAUAAAAUGCGUGAACGUUUUACUAAGGAGAAUCGAAUUUCAAAAGCGUGUUCACCCACGGAACAUUGUGCAUUUAACUUUUAACGUUCAUCGAUCCGUCAGUCGCCGAGAUUGCGAAAUUAUCCUUUAUUUGCAAACUUUUUACCAGGAAUCGACUUUUGAUAAACGUUAAAGGUUAAUAUUACCUGUUUAAGCGGCAUUUGUAUAUUAUAUUCGGCGAACGAACAAUUUUGGACAUACGAUAUUUAAAUAUUGUAAUAUCUUCUGCUUUUCCUUCUUUUUAAAAAAAUUUUCUUUUGUAUUGUUUUACGGAAACAAAGAAAGUCACGUGAGAGAAUUGUUUUUUUCUUUUUGUAUUUUGAAAGCAGGUGAUUUCUGGACUUUCGACGCAUUUUCGAUAAACGCAUUUUUUUUUCCCUUUUUAUUUGAGCAUAUCGGAAUGCUCAACUCCAGCAACACUUGUUUCGUUUUUAACUUUCAUUAAAAAGUGGUCGAAAUACUUUUGUUUUUCGUUUUCAUUCUUCUUGAUUCGAUAGCCACUACGGAUACAAGAACAAGAGUUUUAUACCGUGCGUGAGCGGUGAUUGUUUGCCUUGUUCCUUCAAUACAGAGAAAAGAGAAGCAAUUGUAAGAUCGGAUGGGCGAAGAAGGAGCAAAAAAACAAAAAAGGCAACAAGGGGCACAAUCGAGGAGCACAAAAUACUCAAUCGAUGUGUGAAAGUAACGUGAUAGGGAGGCAACGGAGAGCAUACAGGUGCGGCUUAUUAUGCCAUGUUGUAAGAAAUGCGUAAUUAUUUUUUUCUACAUAUUUCCAGACAGAUGUAUCUCGUUAACGAAACGUUGUAAAGUUUGAAAAAUAUCAGAAAUACGAAUAUCAAUAGUGUUGAAGAAUUACAUUUUA